GAAUGCUACUGACUGCUGAUCUUGUUUAUGUCAUAAGGAAAACUGUGAAAAGGGUCCCUGUUACAAGAUGCUACUAUGGUAGGACACGGGGACAGGGAGAAUAUUUCUGGAAGCCCAUUGUUCUCCUGUAUAUAACAGUGUAAAGCUCAGCCACUUCUUUCUGAGUGUUUUCUCGCUGUCUCUCUCCACUCACCCACGCAAAGCAAUUGCGGGGACAUAAAAACGCUUCUCGGGCGAGCGCUCUCGUCACUCGCCCGACAGGAAAGAUGACUCGCCAGCCCACAACCUGUGCGUAGCUGCUGGCGAGCUCCAGACUUGGCCCAGCAGCCAGCCACAGGAGCAUGCGAGAUUUGCAAAUCUGCGCAAAACCAGACUUAGCCGGUCUCUCGCAUGCCUGGAAACGCGCGCCGGCUUCCAAAUGGCGAGCGAAGGAGUGGAGCGGCGAGGAGGCGGAGGAAGAGGAGGAUCGCGGAGGGGACGAGCUGCCUUCGGGACAAAAGGGCGAUGAUCGGGGCUAAAAAUCGGCGAAAAUCAGCCCCAGCUCCGCCUCGGUGCCUAAGAGGAGGCUUCCAGGCGCUCGGCUGAAGAUGCCACUCAAGCCCCCUGCGGUUCCUGGGGCUGCGGGGAAAGCAUCGGCGGAGCCUCCGCGGUUUGGGGACGUCCGGCAGUAGAGCGGGUCCUUCGGGGUGAGUGCUUGCAAUUGCCAGGUCCGUCUGAGGCCUCGAUCCCACCACCGCUGGGCUGCAUAUUGCCCUAGGGAGUGGGAAGAUCCGGGCAGCCCCUGCACGACGGCUGGAGGGAGGGCGGAUCAGAGCGGCGUUUGCUCCCCGCGGGAAGAUCUGCCGCCGCCGCCGCCGCCGCUGCUGCAAUGAGGUAACUCGCGGUCAGUCGCCUUCUGGCCCCGCCGCCCGGGAUUGCGCAGAGUCUGACGCCGGUCUGGUUACUUGCACGACCGUAUGCAUCCAUGCAUCCGAAAGAGUAGCGCAGCCCUUUGCAAUACAGCCAGAGGCUACUUUCGGCUUCAGAGUGGAGGAAAGGUGGUGGAGAACUGACUUUUUUUCAUUUCCGCAGUCCGAAUAGAGUUCAGCCGCUGGAUGGAAAGACGGCCGAUUCAGGCUCCAAUAGCAUAUUCACUUAGAAAGUAUUACAGAGAACAUGUAUGCCAGUCAUGAAGAUAUUGGUUGUGAUUGUGAAGAUGGUUCGAAACUUGGGGAGAAGAAGAUGAAGUCAGACCCAAACAUUGAUGGAGGAUGGGCAUGGAUGAUUGUAUUUUCAUCUUUCCUGGUACAUGUACUCAUCAUGGGAUCACAAAUGGCCCUUGGAGUUCUCAACAUGGAAUGGCUUGAAGAAUUCAGCCAAAGUCGAGGCCUCACAGCAUGGGUCAGCUCCCUGAGCAUGGGUAUUACUCUCAUUGUAGGUCCUUUUAUUGGUUUAUUCAUUAACACCUGUGGAUGCCGGAAAACUGCAAUAACUGGAGGAAUCUUGAAUGCCUUUGGGUGGAUAUUAAGUUCCUAUGCCUCAAAUGUCUAUUACCUCUUUUUUACAUUUGGAGUUACAGCUGGUAUUGGGAGUGGCAUGGUAUACUUGCCUGCUGUGGUCAUGGUGGGAGAAUAUUUUCAGAAGAGAAGAGCCCUUGCUCAGGGACUCAGUACAACUGGGACUGGAUUUGGUGCUUUCCUGAUGACAAUUCUGCUGAAAUAUCUUUGUGUGGAGUUUGGCUGGAGGGGUGCAAUGAUCAUCCACGGUGCUAUUUGUCUGAACCUGUGUGUUUGUGGAGCACUCAUGCGACCCAUUUAUUACAAGGAAGAAACCACUGAAAAAGAGAUAAACAGCAGCAAAAGUCAGAGUCACUCGAAAGUGCUGUCCUGCUCAGCAGAAACACUGACCUGUAAUGGAGUUCUGUGUGAAGAAGAAAAAGACUCACAAAGUAAAGAUCCUAAGCCUGGCAGUCUUCCAGCCUUGGGAAGCAAAAAUACAACCCAACUUGGGAAGAAUGCCUAUGUCCUUUGCAUUCUGAAGACAGUAAGCCAACUGACUGUUUCAGUCCGGAAGGGCUUUCAGACCUGGUAUGCAAAUUACUUUGGAGCAGCGUCCCUCUUCAGCAACAGAAUGUUUGCAGCCUUUGUAUUUUGGGCCUUGUUCGCAUACAGCACCUUUGUUAUCCCAUUUAUCCAUCUUCCAGAAAUAGUGAAACAGUAUAACCUGUCUAGGCAGAAUGACAUCUUUCCCUUGACCUCAAUUAUUGCCAUUGUUCAUAUUUUUGGUAAGGUCAUCCUUGGAAUCAUUUCUGAUUUGCCCUGUGUCAGUACUUGGAAUGUCUUCAUGGCAGCUAACUUUACCCUUGUCAUCUGCAUUCUUAUUUUGCCAUUAAUGCAUACCUAUGUUGGACUGGCAGUGGUCUGUGCCCUAAUAGGCUUUUCCAGUGGAUAUUUUUCCCUCAUGCCUGUUGUCACUGAAGAUUUGGUGGGGAUUAAGCACCUUGCAAAUGCCUAUGGAAUAAUAAUUUGUGCCAAUGGGAUAUCAGCACUGCUUGGACCACCGUUUGCAGGCUGGAUUUAUGAUCUCACCCAGAAAUAUGACUUUUCUUUCUACAUAUGUGGUAUGCUUUACAUGGUGGGAAUUCUGUCAUUAUUCAUCCAACCUUGUAUUGGGAAAAAAAAGACAGCAACAGAAAAAGUAAUUGAAAAUGGAAAAAUAUAAAAAAAAGUUUACCAAUUUUUUAAAGAGAAUGUCUGUUUUUUAUUUUGUUUUCUAAAAUAAUACCAAGCAGUUUCUCUGAUGGGACCAAAUGGACUGAAAAUCAUCAUGGUGGACACUGAAUAAAGUUCACACUGCUACUCUCAA